AUGGAAAUAGAUUCAGAAAGAGGGAAUGGUUUAGAUCCAGCUGAAGAGGUGUCCCCUAUAGAACAAGUACGGCUGACCGUUCCUAAUGGAGACGACCCGACCCUACCCGUUUGGACAUUCCGGAUGUGGUUUCUUGGUCUAUUGUCUUGCAUUCUUCUCUCAUUCCUCAACACUUUCUUCAGUUACAGAACCGAGCCCCUCACCGUAACAAUGAUAUCCGUCCAAGUGGCGACCCUACCCAUCGGCCGUUUCAUGGCCAAUGUUUUGCCCACCACCAAGUUUACGGUUCCCGGGUUCGGAUCCAGCAGGCUGUUUUCUCUCAACCCGGGUCCAUUUAACAUGAAGGAGCACGUACUCAUCUCCAUUUUCGCUAAUGCCGGUUCCGCUUUUGGUGGUGGCUCUGCUUAUGCUGUUGAGAUUGUUGAUAUUAUUAAGGCUAUUUACAAGAGGAAUAUCUCCUUCACCGCUAGCUUGCUUCUUGUCCUCACCACUCAGGUAUUGGGAUAUGGAUGGGCUGGGAUUCUGAGGAAGUAUGUAAUAGAGCCUGCCGAAAUGUGGUGGCCAAGCAGUCUUGUUCAAGUUUCUCUCUUUAGGGCUCUUCAUGAAAAGGAAAGCAGUAAAAACUCGAGAGCGAGAUUCUUUCUGAUAGCAAUGGGUUGUAGUUUCUGUUGGUACAUAUUCCCAGGGUAUCUAUUCCCCACAUUAUCAAACAUAUCUCUUCUAUGUUUGGCAUAUCCAAAUUCAGUGACAGCUCAGCAAAUAGGGUCCGGUAUGCGCGGACUUGGAAUUGCUUCUUUCACAUUUGAUUGGUCGGUCGUGGCAUCUUUUCUCGGAAGCCCUCUCGUCACUCCAUUCUUCGCAAUCCUUAAUGUGUUUUUAGGAUAUUUUGUUACUCUGUAUAUUAUGAUUCCUAUUUGCUAUUGGGGUUUGAACUUGUACGCUGCCAAAACUUUUCCGAUAUUUUCGUCCCAUAUGUUCGAUCAUAAAGGGCAGGUAUAUAAUGUGUCGGCUAUUGUGAAUGACAAGUUUGAGAUCGACUUGCCUACGUAUGAUAAGCUUGGGCGCAUCAACUUGAGUAUGUUCUUUGCUGUCACUUACGGCCUUAAUUUCGCUGCAAUUGUCGCUACUCUUACUCAUGUCGCUUUCUUCAACGGCAAUGAGAUAUAUGAACGGUUUAAAGAUUCGCACAAAGGGAAGCAGGAUAUACACACAAGGCUGAUGAGAAAGUACGAAGACAUACCGAAUUGGUGGUUUUACGGAAUAUUGGUUAUAACUUUUGGUGUAUCACUUUUACUUUGCACUGUCAUGAUAGAUCAAGUGCAGCUUCCAUGGUGGGGUCUCAUACUUUCAGCUGCUCUUGCUUUGAUGUUUACCCUCCCCAUUAGCAUUAUUACAGCUACUACCAAUCAGACACCCGGGCUUAAUAUAAUAACGGAGUACAUAAUCGGGUAUAUAUAUCCGGGGAGACCUAUUGCCAACGUGUGCUUCAAAACCUACGGCUAUAUAAGCAUGCACCAAGCCAUUUCGUUUCUCAACGAUUUCAAGCUAGGCCAUUACAUGAAAGUUCCACCACGAUCAAUGUUCAUAGUUCAGUUGGUUGGGACGCUGAUAGCUGGAUUAGUGAACAUAGCGGUGGCAUGGUAUCUGCUAACGAAUAUAGAAAACAUAUGCCAAGAUGAGUUACUCCCACCAAACAGUCAAUGGACAUGCCCAAACGACCGUGUAUUCUACGAUGCAUCUGUUAUAUGGGGACUAGUGGGGCCCAAGAGAUUCUUCGGAACACUGGGUAACUACAACGCACUCAACUGGUUCUUCUUGGGUGGCGCUGUGGGCCCCUUUUUUGUGUGGAUUCUUCACAAGGCUCUUCCGAGUCAGAAAUGGAUAAAGUCGGUUAACCUUCCGAUUCUACUUGGAGCAACCGCUGCUAUGCCACCUGCAACUACGUUAAACUUUAACAGCUGGAUGUUGGUCGGGACUAUUUUCAACUUAUUUGUUUUUAGGUACCGAAAGGCGUGGUGGCAGAGGUACAAUUACGUACUCUCGGCGGCAUUGGAUGCUGGAUUGGCUUUUAUGGGGGUGGCCUUGUAUUUCACCCUUGGUAUUGAGGAGGUGACACUUACGUGGUGGGGUUCUAAGGGAGAGCAUUGCGAUUUGGCCACGUGUCCCACUGCCAGAGGAGUUAUCGUUGAUGGUUGUCCUGUACACUGACUCGUCAUCAUCACUUGGGUUUUCUUUCCUUCUUGUAUAUCUUUAUUUUUUGGGGU